AUGAGUGCACCAUCCGUUAUCGUCGUCCCGGGCCCGACCGAUGGCACCCAACAGCCAGGACAAGAUCCUGCCGAGCUGGCAUCUAAAAUUGAACGAGUCCUCAGCGAAGAAAGUCAUCCGAACAGCGAGGAAGAAAAGGGACCGUUGAAGGAGCUCAUCGCUCACCAGGAUAGCCUAUACAGAUACCUCAGUUGGGAGGAUCCCGUCCGCACACUUGGCUCAUACCUUGCGGCGCUGAGCGUCUUAUUCGGAGCACACUAUCUGCCUCUGACCUACUGGGUAGUCAAGGCUGGCGCAGCCGUCUUUGGAUUCAUCUCCCUCUCAGAAAUUGUCGGCCGAAACCUUGGCUAUGAUUCCUUUCUCUCCCGUCUCCGCCCUUCCGAAUACAAGACAGUCCCAGAGCCUGUUCUCAAUGCUACUUUAAAGGACAUUCACGACUUCAUUCAGUAUUCUGCUAUCCAAGUACAGAGAAUUAUCUUUGGAGAGGAUCUUGGAAAGGCUUUUGCUGCUUUUACUGGGUUUACAGCUCUCUUUUUGCUGAUGAAUAUUGCAUCCCCAUUCUCGCUAGCUGUACUAGGUCUAACCUCUCUCUAUGUUGCCCCUCUUGUUGCUUCAUCACAUGGGCGUGCUGUAGCUAAAGACGCAACGGCACAAGGUCAAAGGCUAGCCAACACUGCCGCAGAAAAGGCAGGAGUUCUUGCUGAGGACACCAAGGCCAAAGCGGCAGACCUGUCCGUCAAGACACGCGAGACCGCUGGGACCGUGCAAGAGAGCGUUGGGAAUCUCGCCCAGUCCAGCAAAGAAACCAUCGAUCAUCUUUCUUCCCAGUCCAUGGACAAGGCCACAGAUGUAUCUCGAGCAACAAGUGAAAAGGUUGCAAAAGUGCAGCAAGGGGUUGGUAAUCUGGCUCAGUCCGGUAAAGAAACCGUCGGUGAUCUUUCCUCUCAGGCUAGAAACAAGGCCACAGAUGUAUCCCGAGUGACUGGCGAAAAGGCUGCCAAUUUGAAGGAUAUGGGAGUUGACGCUGUCAACAAGGCUCCAAGGCUCGUGAGCAAGAGUACAGAACGCGCGGCGAACUACACUCAUCGAACCAUCCCAGGCACUGUUGACGAAGGCACCCAGAACUACAGGCAUGAUGCGGGUGCGGCACGAACUAUUCCAGGUACUCAUGAGGAAGUGUCGCACAGCUACAGGCACGACACUGGCGGGGCAUAUUCGAAUGAGAUCUAUGAAACCCCAAGACAGAUGAAGGUUCCUGGAACCACCGACACGACUUAUCGCUCCAGUGCUACCUCGGGAAAACGGGGUGAUGUAGCAUUUCGCACGUCGGCUCGCUAG